GACUGCAGUCGAGAUACACCGACACCACCGAGCCUAACCCCCAACGUCGACGAGGACGAAGACUCCAAGUAGUCUAAAGAUUUUGGCUAGCAGUUGUGACUCACAAGUGAAAGAAGUUAACAUGAAAUCGACAAUUUCGUUGCUGCUGGUUGUCAUCUGCACCGUGGUAUUGGCUGCCCAACAGAGUCAAGCGAAAAAGGGCUGCCAGGCCUAUGGGCAUGUCUGUUACGGCGGCCAUGGCAAACGUUCGCUGAGCUCGGGAGCCGGAGAAUCGGCAACUGCAAGCGGACAGACCGACCAGGAAUAUGGACGUUCGAAUGGUUUGUUGCCCAUGUUGGCAGGCGGCAACGAACAGGCACAGGCAGUGCCCGAGGCUGAAUUUGAUGAUUAUCCCUCUCGUCAGAUACUGUACAAAAUUAUGAAAUCAUGGUUUAACCGUCCACGACGACCGGCUGCUCGGUUAAAUGAACUUGAUUAUCCUUUGACGAAUUCUGGUGAAAUUUUCAACCGAGAUCUUCCAUUGAACUAAGCUCAAAACUUUGCCUUUGGCCUGACUGCAAAUACAUUCUACAACAGCAUCAGCAAUAAUAAUAACAACAGCAACAACAAUAUCUACAACAG